GCGCUUGCUGCCGAGGUGGGUGUACGUGCGGUGUGUUCAAAUAUUGUUUCGAUCCGCGUCACAUGUAACCACGAUGGAUGUUCUUCCUAGCGGCAACUUAUUCCGCGAGUUGCAGGACGUGACGGACACCGGAUAUUUUGAAUGGAAGCUGUCCCUGGAAGACUACUGGCAACAGACAUGCUACGAAAUGGAGCGCUACCUCCGCGAGGAGCCGCGGGGCAAGCGGCGGGAGGUGGAGGAGGAGUGGGCGCCGACUCCCUCGCUGCCGCCGUCGCCGGCCAAGUCUCCGUCGCCGGCCAAGUCCCCGUCGCCGGCCAAGUCUCCGUCGCCGGUGUCGCCGGUGUCGCCGCGGUUGUUCGCCGUCAGCGCUGUGAAGAGCGAGCCGCCCAGUGAUUCUGAUGAGCCCAGGGACGAGCCGCCCUGCCCGGCCCCGGUCCGCCGGCACCCGGCGCGCCACCACGCGCACGCGCACGCGACCGACCCGCGCCGGCGCGUGCACCGCUGCGAGUUCCCCGCCUGCGACAAGGUGUACACCAAGAGCUCCCAUCUGAAGGCGCACAAGCGGACGCAUACAGGCGAGAAACCAUACAAGUGUUCGUGGGAGGGGUGCGAGUGGCGAUUCGCGCGCUCGGACGAGCUGACGCGGCACUAUCGCAAGCACACGGGCGCCAAGCCGUUCCGCUGCCACCAGUGCGAGCGCUGCUUCUCGCGCUCCGACCACCUGGCGCUGCACGCCAAGCGGCACGCGUAGCCCGAGAUCAAAGCCCCACCCGCUCCCAAAAAGCGGACGAGUCGCAGCAAAAAGCAUCCCAAACUCGUCUCGCUCCUCAACGCUGGGGCCCACGCCUAACCUCGCCCCGGGAGCCGGCGGUCGCUUUCCAUUGCAAGCCAAAGAAAUUUCGCUACGCACGUAGCCGAGUCAACACUCAUCGCACCUAAUGCUUUAAGGUUAUUUUUAGUAUUUUAUUUUAAUCUCUAUUUCGGCCUGUCGUUGCGGUUCUUUGUUGCAAUAUGAGAACUUUUUAUUACCGUUAUGUAUGUGAAUGUUUAGCUUUGUGUAUAGAAGAUGUUUUUAUGUUGGCGAGCCGCAAAGCGGUCGCUGAUAAUGUGCCAUCGUUAGGGGGUUGCCGGUGGACGCGCGUACGUUUCUUGUUGUGAUUUAUCAAUAUAUUCUGAAUUUUGUUUGUAUCGAGUUUUGAUUCAAUGCAUAUUCUUGGUAUUGGGGUUGUCACAAAUGCGUUGUUUUACAUGUAAUGUCGCUAUAAGUGGUUGUCAUACUUCUGAUAAACUUCUCCGGUGACGCCCCGUCGACCCGCAUUUCAAUACACGUGACAUAUUAUUUAUUGAAUCGGGAUAUUCGGCUAAUAAUCCCACCGACGCUCAGCACAACCUUUAGUUUUAAGCUUAGUAGGUGUGCGUCGCGUUACCUGAUGUUUUGCUAUUAUUUUAAAACAGGCGUUUUAUUAUUUACAUAAUUGCGUAAUGGAACGUCUAUUUUAACGUUAAUGCAUAUUUAAUUUUAUUUAAUUUUAAGAUAGGUACUCAUGUUUUAAUAUCACAUAUUUAUGUUAAGCUAUCCGAUUUCUCAUUCCGUUAUGUGUGCUUCUUCGAUGGAUGUUGAGUGAAUGAGGUUUACAUUUGAAGUUUGGAUGUUUAUUUAUAUUAUAUUAUACAUAUAUAUGAAUAUACAUAUAUGUAGGGUUAGGUUUAAUAUAUGUCUUCUUGUGCUAAAUUCUGAAAUGUAUGUUUAGUGUACCAGUUAUUGGUUGAUUCGGAAUCACAGUCGCAAUUAAUGUUCAUUUAUAUUUCAAUGUGUUUAUUUUAUCAUCGUAUAUUUUUAUAUGGCGUUAUAUUUUGUGCAUUUUAUUAAGGUUUUGUUUAGUAUAAGUUUAAUGCGAGUGUAUUUAGAGACGUAUGAUUAAUAUUGAAUGAAUUUGAAGCGCUUAUGUGCCGAGUACGAAGCGAGACCUUGUCUCGACAAUGGAAUAUUAUAUAAGGAUUGAUAUAUUAUAUCCCAGGAGAUAUAUGUUACAGUAAAUGUUAGUGAGAUGGCGAGAUUCGAACUAUAUCUCGAUGAUAAAACUGUCUACAUGGACAUGGGCGGCGUACUAUCGAUAUAGGUACGCCAAUAACCGACUUAGGGUAGCGGGAGUCUUUUUAGCGCACGUGACGCGUUUAUUUGAGGAUGUGACUGCCCUUGCUGGUGGAUCGUGACAAUAGAUUUACGAAGAGUUUAUCAAACGUCCAUGUCAAACUUACGAAAAAACACGUGAAUUUUAUGGACGUCGAAUAGAGAUAGCUGAAAAGAUAUUUCUAUGAUUCGUUGUACGAGUUUAUUCAUGUCCUCAAAGUUUUUUUGACUCCGACGCAUAAUGAGAUAGUAAAUAUGCAAUUAAGAAAUGGCUCAGAGGAUUGUUAGAGUAUUAAACUGUUCUUAGAUAAAUAAACAAUCGAUUCAACGAACGUUACUUUUGGAUAUAUUUUUUAAUAUAAAACAUGACUGGUUUACAACUGCCAUCUACUUAUAAUACUAGAACUUCCUUUUCGAAAUAGAUGUUACUUGUUAGCCGCAAACAUUUGAAUGUUUAUACGCAUUAUACAAGUGUAUGAAAUACAAGGAUUACGAGUAUCGAUGCUUUAAUCUGCUACACAUUACAUUGCCGCUUGGCAUUACACACACGUACUGAGUCUAAUACCCAAGAUGCAAUGUAUGACGUACUGGAAUCUCAAUUCGUAAGAUUCGUAAGCGUCUUGAUGUUGGAAAAAUGAAAUUGCGUGAAUCCGGGUGUCCUGUAAGGAUGUUAUUCCGGGGCCAAUAAAUAGUCUUCCCGAAUUAAUGAGUGAUUUAUAUAACACAUCACGGGGAUACAUGUAUCAAAACAAUGUGAUUCCAUAUACACUGAAUUCAUCAAUCAUCAAAUACGAUACGACGAAUACCUAACGUACUGUUGGCGCCAAAUCACUAAAUCAAAGAUGGCGAACUCGGCGUAAAUUCGCGCCAAUCAAAGCGCGAGCGGCGUAUAGUUAUUACGUUGCCAUGGUAACCAUGGUUCCAUGAUGUGCUUCACGGAAUAGAUAAUAAAUACAAUUCCUAGUUUUUUGGCGCCUAUCAUACGUGUCAUGAAGACGACAUUUUACACGUCAUUUAACAAGGAUAAGAUUUGUAAAUAAAUGAAAAAAGUUACGCGAUAUAAUUAUAGUAAAAACGAAACUAGGCAUUAACUGUUAAUAUCGUGACUUUGUAUUGUAUAAAGUAGUGAUAAAAUCGUGUCGAAACAUCGCUACACGCUUUUUGAAUAUUAUAGAAUCAACAACCAUUAUAAUAUCACUACCAAUACGUUUCCUAAUAUGAAUGUACAAACAAUUUAAUGCAUUUAGAGGAAAUACCGUAAACAGAUAGCUUACCAAAGGCCUCAGAUAGAUCGCGUAUUUAGUGCGCGUCAGAGCGCUAACCCGAUGUCGCGCUAUGACGCUCAGUUGUGUUGUACUAUGCAGGAAUAUACCGUCAAAUAGAGAUACCUACAUACCUCUUCGAUCUGCUCACGCUACGCACGCGUUCUAUCUGUUAACGCCAUUAGCAUAAUACAACACAAUUCGUCAUAAAUCAAAGCGUCAUAACGCAGCGUCAGAGUGCUUAUAUGACGCUGCGCUUUAUGCUUAUCUGAUAAAGCUAUGUAUGACAUACAUAUUCGAGAACUGUUAUUUUCGACAUCUCAUUUAGAUACGGUGUUUGCCAUACAUUCUGCAUAUUAUGAAAUACAAAAAUCCAGUGAUCAUUUCAUUGUCUACAUUAUACAUAGAUUGCGUCAUAUAGCAACGAUGUGUAGUAAAAAAAACGCACACGAAUAAGACGCAUACAGAACCGAUAAAACUGUCUUUAUACAUCAAUUUUGUGUAAAGCUAAUGUAGUUCUAUUAAACUCAUCUUCGUAUAAUAUUAAGUAAUUUAUUAGGAAAAUUUCUCUUCGCUAUAUAAAUGUGCGUAUGUUAAGAUGUUAGUGUGUAAUUAGAUAUGACUGUGUCUAGCGUAACAAUACUGUGGGAAAAAUGGCCAAAUGUAAUUUCGCAUAAAAAUAUAGAUGAAUUUGGAAUGCAACACUUAUGGAAAUUCGGUUGUUUUCAAAAGUUUUCACUGUUAUAAUACUAAUCGAAGCGAAUAUAAAACCAACGCACUAAAAACAUUUAUCCGUUCAACCUUUAGUUAUAAGCGGUGUAACUAAACACGAUUUGCAUUAAAAUUCAUAAAUAUAUUAACGAUAUUGUUUAUUUCAUAGACUUGCACAAAAUUUAAAAUAUAAUCCGCAAAGCGUAUCGUAUGUUUUAUGUCCGUUUUAGCUGUAUAAUUAAUAAGUUUCAGACGAGAACCGUGUCUAUUGGCUUAGCCAGUAUUGCAGUUCCUCAAACUUUGUCUAUGAUACAUUUAAACUUCUAAAACGCCCCAAUCGGGCGGAAUAAGUAACUCUGAAUUUAGAAAGUAUGCAUUUUCUUCGUAUAAUUUGACGCUUACCAGCCUAUACAGUUUGUUGCGGUUCGGUUGAUUGCUCAGCUCAUAUUAUGACUGCAUAUCCCAUAACUGUCAUUUAUUACUGUCCUAUUGACGAUGUUUAGAUAAUUGUAUUUAUUAUAUAACUAUUCCUAUAUAUACGUUAUCGAACAUUAUAGGUGUACACUUUCGAAAUUUUAAUAAUAUCGUAACGGAUAAUUAAUUAAUUGAUAAGCGAUAUAUUAAAAUGUGAUUCAUAGAUAGAAAUACUAAUGUGUGGGUACGUGUAAUAUGCUUAAAUGUUGAGGUGUAAUUAGGUAACUUAUUCAAUGCAUGUCUGAAUGCGUAUUCGUAGACGAGUAGAGAAAUAUAUAUUAUACUAAUUUGGUGUUUUUUCUCGCUGGUUGGCAUGUGGAAACAUUUUGCGCACCAGUCAAGUUUUAUGCAAAUUUCAAUUGAGUCGGAUUAAUAAAAUGGAAAAGAAAAAUUGUCACAUACAUUACAAAUUUAGGAUUUACGAUAGUCUCAUUCGAUUAUUCAAAAUUUUCAUCUUGCGAACUCGAAAGAGCCGUGUUCGUGUGAUUUGAGUAUUUUGUAUAAUUAUAAAUACACGUCAAAUGUUUCUAUGUGUCAGUACGUAAGGUAAAUUAAAUAUAUUAUAGUAAUAUGUAUAACACAUAGCUAAAUUUUUGAAAUAUAUCGCGGCUGUGUGUUUUUGAAUCAACUGUAGAUAGGUUUUUAAAGUGUUGUAUGAACCUACUGAACGGUCGAAGCUAUAUUUAUCUUUCGACAGUACAUUUGAUUUGUCCGAUCACUUCGUUCAGUUACAAAUUGUAUUUACACGGUUUUUCUUAUGCUGUAUUGUAGUAUUUAUAUAUAAAUGUUUGUGAUACCUUCCCCCAUAUUUGACUCUA